CGAAGAGAGAUCAUUUGGUUUUAGGAAAAACAAUUGAUAUUUUUACUUAGUUUGCCCACAGAAAUUCAAAAUUGCGCCUCGGAGAGGCCUUAUUCCAAUGGACAACACGUCCAUUAUAACACAAGUYAACAAAGAAGAUGAACCUAUAGCAGUUACCAACACUUAUACACAAGACAAGCUACCUUCGACAAUAGCAAAGAAACCUCGUAAUAGAAAUAUAUUCUCUUCGUUCUUCUGUUGUUUUGGAGCUCAAUCGACUGCAGGAUCUCCGUGCACUGUCGUUACGCACAACACAAAUCAUAAUCACAAUGCCAACACGAUAAGCGAUGAAAACGACGUUAAGCCAUAUCAUUUUCUACUCCCACCAGUCAGACACCAGGAUAUGGGRAAGAAAUGUGUUGUAAUUGACCUUGAUGAAACACUUGUACACAGUUCAUUUAAGCCUGUCAGUGGAGCAGACUUCAUUGUUCCAGUUGAAAUAGAUGGUACAGUACACCAGGUGUAUGUUUUAAAACGACCAUACGUGGAUGAGUUUCUUAAACGAAUGGGCGAAUUGUUUGAAUGUGUUCUUUUUACUGCAAGUUUAGCAAAGUAUGCAGAUCCUGUAUCAGAUUUGUUAGACAAACAUGGCACCUUCAAAGCCAGGUUGUUUAGGGAGUCUUGUGUAUACCACAGGGGUAAUUAUGUCAAGGACUUGAGCAAGUUGGGRAGAGAUUUAAAGCAAUGUAUAAUUAUCGAUAAUUCACCAGCAUCAUACAGCUUUCAUCCAGAAAAUGCCGUUCCUGUUGUUUCUUGGUUUGACGACCCUCAYGAUGUGGAACUCCUUCAUCUUAUUCCUUUCUUUGAAGCCAUGCGUGAUACUGAGGAUGUUUGUUCUUACUUACGGACAGUAAACAUCAGCUCCUUCCGAAAUCACAAUCACAAUGAAGUUAGUUAGUAUGUUAGUCCACACAAAUGUCUGUAGAUGUUGGGGUUUUGYGCCAUUGAUUGGAGAAAACCAGUUUUAUUUUUAUAUCUAGAAAUCAGCUAUUUUAUUACCAAAGUCACAGAGUAAUUUAAAUUUUAAUAUUAUACAUUUUGUACGGAAUCAUGAAAACUUGGUAGAGCCAAAACCAAAUACUGUGCAAUUAAGUAUAAGUAUACACAAAUGCAUUAUUAAUGUUUUGCAAACAAAUUGUUUUGGGGCUAAGCAGAUGCCAAUUGUAGUCUAAAGUAGGUUUGUUCUUUGAAGGAAGUGAUAAUUUUAUCAGCAAAAAGCUAUAUUUUUUACUAGCAUUACACUGGCUGGAUUUAGUUUUGUCAUUUGAAGCUAAAGAGAAAAAAGGUAAAUACUAAUAAUUCUAARUAAUUAGGAUAAGCUAAAAUGAAGUUAGAAUUUUAAUAUCAACUGCAGCGCUCCUAUUGUUUUAACUUGAAAUCAUUCUUAUAUUAAGAAUGGAAAGAAUUAUUUCUGUAUGGCAAUUCUACCUUUAUUCUUUCAUCUCUGCCAUUGAACAGACCAAUCCAAAUGAACUUUUGUGAAAUCUUAUCAAUACAUGUGAUUAUGAAGAGUAUAUUUUUACUAUAUACAACAUUUUUUAUAUCUUUAACUGUUAAAUGAUUUUCAUAUCAACGUUUUUUAUGCAAUCCUAAAAUCCUAAAACCCAUAUAUUUGAAUAUAACGUAAGUGCUUGUAAUAAGAGGGAUUUGUUGUAAUUUAUGUUCAAACUGGCUUCAAUUUUCUGACUGAUAAUUAAGUCCAUUUGAUGUGUUAAACACUUUUUAUACAAUUUGAAAGAUGCAAUUUCCUAGAACUCGCACCAUUUAUAUUAGUGGAAAGUGCCCUCGUGUAGUCUACAGGAAAAAUAGGAAUCAAAUUUAAUUGUAAUUUUGUGAAAAACAAUUUGAUAUCUACCUGAACUUGAAAUAUCACAUCAUAAACUGCAUCACACAUUACUGUAAGUAAGAAUAUCUACCGAUAAAACAAUUAUAAUCAUUAUUAUUAUCAUGAUAAUCAAGGAUUCUAAAAGUGAUAAAUAUUCAUAAUUACUUUCGCGGGUAAUAUCAACACUGUACUUCACAAUGGUACGCUCGAGUUAAUUAACUUAACUUAACCAAGGAUACCUUUAGAAAAAUUAAGACCAAAGCUAUAAUUGACACCAUGUUGGAUGAAUGGUUGAAAGGAACCAAUGAGUAAUUCAACCAACAUAGUGCUCUGCAUUCAAUAUAAAUUCAUUUUAAAAUGCUCUCAUAAAAUAGCAAUAUAGUGGAGGAAUUGAGGGUGGUUUUCAUAAACCAAUGAAACCAUAAUAAUCAUGUUAACCUCAGAGUACAAAACAACUUAACUAYAUAGUAAUACCUAUUAGUAUCCACAAAUCUAUGGGCUGUCAAGUCCAGCAUUCUGUUUGGCUAUCAAUGGUCUUUUCAUGAUAGACAUAAUUGCAUCAAAUGGAUAAUCACAAUGUUAUCGAAAAAAUUGUUCUUGAUGUUCUUUGUUGAAAUUUGACUAUACUAAGUUAAGUGGAUACUAAAACAAGACCACCCAAUCUAAUGAACUACGAGUUAAUAGUCUAACYUUAUGGAUUAUCAAUCCGACCUCGUGGUCUAAUUGUUAAGUUUGCUAAGGUGUAUUUCACAGGCUUCUGAAAACCACCCUAAACCUGUGAAACACAUCCGAUUAUCCAACAUUUUUGGUCUCUGAAUCCAUAUUUUUAUUCUGUUUCUUCUGGAUUAUCACUCCUGGACUUCUACAUAAUCAUCAUAUGCUCUACGCAUASAGAGGGAAAUAGUACCUUAUGAAUGAUAUUAUGGGAAUCCAAGGAUAAUUUGGAUAAUUUGGUUAAAAAUAUAUAGUGUCAAUCAAAUAAMAGAAAACAAAGGAUUUUUGAGCACUAGUAUUAUGUAUGUUUUAGAGUGAGGCCAGAAAACACAUUAAAUAGCUAUUACACGAAUACACUUUAA